CUGUGGAUGCGGUAACAGAAAUAAAGUGUGCACGGGGGAAGCGCACAGGGACGGAGUUAUUUUUCUUCAAAUAUAGCCCCCCCUCAUCUUGCUUAAAUGUUGCGGUGUCCCCCACACGCAUGAACGGGUCAUGAUGCAGCGGCCGGUUUGCAAAGUCUCCUGGGAUUUGUAGUCGACUGGCUUUGACAGUCAUGUUCGCCGAGGAAUAACACGGUGCAGCCCCACGAAGGCACACCACAUCUCGCUUUUUCCAUGGACCACACGUCCAUUAUAACACAGGUUGCAAAUCCCAAAGAGGAGGAAAGCAUUUGCACGAGUCAAGACAAAGUGUCCCAGUCCAACAGCAGCCUCAAGAAACACCGCAGUCGGAGCAUUUUCAGCCCCUUCUUCUGCUGCUUUCGCAACUACAAUGACUACCAGGUGGAACCGCCGGCCGUCAACAACAAGACUCAUGCCCUGCCGCCGCCUCCCGAGGAGAACGGCGCUCCUCCCAAGUGUGACCAGGUGCAGGCUGACCACAUCCCCAGUCCUCCAGCCAAGUUCCUCUUGCCCGAGGUCAGUAUAGCAGACUAUGGCAGGAACUGCGUGGUGAUCGACCUGGACGAGACGCUCGUUCACAGCUCCUUCAAGCCUAUUAGCAAUGCAGACUUCAUCGUUCCGGUGGAGAUUGAUGGAACUGUUCAUCAGGUGUAUGUGCUGAAAAGGCCUCACGUGGACGAGUUCCUGCAAAGGAUGGGGGAGCUGUUUGAAUGUGUCCUUUUCACCGCCAGUUUAGCUAAGUACGCGGACCCCGUGGCAGACCUCCUAGACCGCUGGGGAGUGUUCCGCGCUCGUCUCUUCAGGGAAUCCUGUGUGUUCCACAGAGGAAACUACGUCAAAGACCUCAGCCGGCUGGGCCGAGAGCUCGGCAAGGUCAUCAUUGUCGACAACUCGCCUGCCUCCUACAUCUUCCACCCUGAGAACGCCGUGCCGGUGCAGUCGUGGUUCGAUGACAUGGCCGACAGGGAACUCUUGGAGCUGCUGCCCAUCUUCGAAGGCCUCAGCAAGGAGGACGACGUUUACAGCCUCUUACAGAGCCUGAGGGAGAGGUAGCAGGGUGCUCCCCACCCAAACCCCCUCAAGAGACUUGAUGUACAUAAUCCAUGUUUAUAAGAAGAAGACAUACUUAAAACAAGUACUUUUUCUAUCAAAGUCAUAUUUUAGUUACCAGAAAAAAAAAAAAAAAACGGUUUCGUUCCAGAGUGGGUGACUUUGUUUUUUUCUCUCCUGCAAGAUGUUACUUUGUUUUCUCUUUCAGAAUAAAGUGCCUUCAUUACUGUGCUGGUUUCCUCAUGUUGGGUAGGGGGUGCACUUUGUUACUCCAAUAACCCCUCUCCCAGUCCCGCUCCCCCCCAAAAAAAAAAAAACAGCUAAGCGUUAAUCUGAAUUAUUGCCACACUAUUUAACAAGAAAAUGUGAUUUUGUUGGAUUAAAUUAAUGACGCGUUACUCUUUUGAGUCACUCUGUUCCUCGCAGAUGAUGAACACUGAUUCAGUGUUGAGAAAAAUAUAUUAAUUAGCCUAGAUGAUGUGAAGUUCUAUUUGUCGGGGGAUUCAGCAAAGGAAUCGGUGCGUAUUAAUAUAAUAGGGGGGAAAAAUGGAAAUGGUACUGUACAACAUGAUUAAAGCUGCAAAUUUGCACACGCUCA